CUGACUUCGCUGGCGAUCAUUGCACAGAUUGUGAAUGGCCGUAGACAUGUCUUUCUCAGCCUGAUCCCAAGUACUUUCGAAACCAAUGAGAAGAAGCCAAGAUGGCUCCUACACAGCACACCAGUCGCUACCGAGAUCAAGUCCUCUCGAGAGGCAAGGUUGAGUCCCUGAUAGCGGAAGGCAGAAAGAUCGUCAUUGUAGAUGGAGUGGUGCUAAAGGUUGAUGCAUGGCUUCCAUACCAUCCUGGUGGCGACAAGGCUAUUCUGCAUAUGGUUGGAAGAGAUGCCACCAAUGAGGUCAAGGCAUUCCACUCGCAAGAGACGCAGGCGUUCAUGCAGAAAUACCGCAUCGGCAGAAUCGAGGGUCAAUGGCAGGACUUCGUUCCUCCAAUCCAGGGCGGAUCGUUUGGAAGAGACGACAACCAGAAGACAACUUCCGUAGAGAAGCAGAGCGAGGCGAUAUGCGAGGAUUCAUCGGAGAGCUCGCAGGAGCCUUCGCCGCUUUUCGAGCCUUCAGAGCACCGCACAGCUGGUCUUCGUAGACGGAGAGAGAGCGACGAUGCGGCGAGCGAGUCCUCGGCAACGUCACUCGAUACACUGGCCAUUGGUGAGCCUGCGUUAGAGGCCGAGAAAUCGUAUCCAGGAGACCAGCGAACCCAACAGGAACUACAGCACGACUUGGAGACCUUUCCCAGUCUGGACGCGGGCACACAGUACGGCAUCAUCGACAAAUAUCAGGACUUGGACCAGCGUCUCAGAGCAAAAGGACUGUACGACUGCAAUUACUGGGCCUACGCCGUCGAGGGACUCCGCUACACCGCUCUUGGCCUUUUAGCAUUCUUCUUUCUCAAGAUUGGCUGGUAUCCCAUCUCCGGCAUGUUUCUUGGUAUGAUGUGGCAUCAGCUCGUCUUCACCGUCCAUGAUGCAGGACAUAUGGGCAUCACACACAACUUUCAUAUCGACAGCUGCAUCGGCAUCAUUGUCGCAAACUUCAUUGGCGGCCUUUCAUGCUGCUGGUGGAAGCGCAACCAUAAUGUACACCACAUCGUCACCAACAGCGCCGAACACGACCCAGACAUACAGCACAUGCCUUUCUUCGCCAUCUCGCAUCGCUUCUUCGAAAGCUUACGAAGCACAUACUACGACCGGGUCAUGACUUACGAUCCGGUGGCGAAGGUCAUGCUCCAGUACCAACACUACCUCUACUACCCGAUCCUGACCUUUGGGCGUUUCAACUUGUACGUGCUCAGCUGGCAAUAUAUCAUCAUGGGUCAAGGUCCUCGCAAAGGCCCAGCCUGGUGGCAUCGAUAUCUGGAAAUGGCUGGCCAGAUCUUCUUCUGGUACUGGUUCGGCUACCUCACUGUCUAUAAAAGCAUCCCAGGCGGCUGGAACAGGUUCCUUUUCGUCAUGAUCAGCCAUGCUGUGACCAUGCCCGUACACGUACAAAUCACUCUAUCCCAUUUCGCCAUGAGCACUGCGGAUCUCGGCGUGGCGGAGUCCUUCCCACAGCGCAUGCUCCGAACCACAAUGGAUGUCGAUUGUCCGGAAUGGCUAGAUUUCUUCCAUGGAGGCCUGCAAUUCCAAGCUGUACACCACCUCUUCCCACGCAUGCCCAGACACAAUCUGCGGAAAGCUCAGAAGUUAGUCAUGGAGUUUUGCGAUGAUGUCAAGAUUCCUUAUACGAUCUAUGAUUUUGCGGAGGGCAACGGUAAAGUCAUCGGACGACUCGAAGAUAUUGCAAAGCAAGCGAAGAUCAUGUCAAAAUGUCAGAAAGCCGCUUUCAAGGAUGUUGUGGAAGGGCAUUAGUGAUUAGCUUUCAGCAUAGCUAUGGUGCAAUAUACCCAUUGAUGAUCAUUGAACAUACAAGUGGUCAUUUCUC